UUGUGGGCAAUUGAGAGUACUUACACUUAUCAAAAGAAUAAAUAAAUGUUUGAGUUCACAGUUCAUAACUUGCCUUCGGUUGCUAACAAUGAAAAUCGUUUUAGUAUUUAUUUUAAUUACAUUUAAUUCCGUAAUCUGCUUUGAUCACAUCAGGCCUAAAGCAAGCCUUAAAACGCAAACAGAUGCGGUCAAGGACUUAAUCAAAAGAUUAAUCCCGGGCCAGGCCCAAUUUUUUGAUAUUAAAAUUCAACCUGACUUAAACCAUGAAGAUAAAGACGCUUUCAAGAUCGAAAAAAUCGGUGAUUUGAUUCAAAUCACCGGAACUACGGGAGUUGCAGCAGCUACAGGUUUCAACCACUACCUUAAGUACUUCUGCAACUGUCACGUAUCAUGGGAAACCACCCAGCUUAAAGUUCCUGAGGUACUACCAGAAGUCAAUUUAACGAUCACACUGAAUGACAGGUUUCGGUACUACCAAAAUGUGUGUACCACCAGUUAUUCGUUCGUUUGGUGGGACUGGACCCAGUGGGAAAAGCACAUCGACUGGAUGGUACUAAAUGGGUUCAAUCUGGUACUCGCUUUUAACGGCCAGGAGGCGAUAUGGGACCGAGUGUACAAAAAAUUCAACUUGACUCGAGAAGAAAUCGACGAACAUUUUUCAGGACCAGCUUUCCUAUCAUGGCUACGUAUGGGCAAUAUGCGUGGUUUUGGUGGCCCUUUGAGCCCAGCUUGGCACUCGAGAUCGCUGGUUUUGCAAAAACAAAUUUUGCAAAGAAUGCGGGCGUUUGGGAUAAUUCCGGUACUGCCCGCCUUCGCGGGCCAUUUACCGCGAGCGUUCAAAACACUUUAUCCAGACGCUAACAUGUCCAAAAUGGCGCCUUGGAAUGGUUUCAAUGACACGUACUGUUGUCCCUAUUUUCUGGACCCAACGGAACCGCUGUUCAACGAAAUUGGAAAAGCCUUCCUUUCGGAACAAAUUUCCGAGUUUGGUACCGACCACAUGUAUAAUUGUGAUAGUUUCAAUGAAAAUGUGCCAACAAGUGGCGAUUUGACCUACUUGGCUAACGUCGGGAAAUCGAUUUAUAAGGCCAUGACCGACACGGACCCUGAUGCUGUUUGGGUAAUGCAAGGCUGGUUGUUUGCGCACGAUUUUUUUUACUGGACUCGAAACAGGGCUAAAGCUAUCUUAACGGCAGUGCCUAAAGGCAAAAUGAUCGUUUUGGACCUGCAAUCGGAGCAGUUCCCACAGUACGAACGACUCAAUCAGUACUUCGGCCAGCCGUACAUUUGGUGCAUGUUACAUGAUUUCGGUGGUACCUUAGGCAUGUUUGGCUCUUCCACGGUAAUAAACGAGGUGCCAAUAAAAGCAAGACACCUGGAAAAUAGUACCAUGAUUGGAACAGGUUUAACACCUGAAGGGAUUAAUCAAAAUUAUGUUAUUUAUGAACUAAUGACCGAAACGGCGUGGAGACAAGCUCCGGUAAACCUAACGGAGUGGUUCGAGAAGUACUCGACCAGGAGGUACGGAUUUCCUGACAGUGAUGCAGAAAAUGCGUGGCGGAUACUCCAAAGAACCGUUUACGAUUACCAAGGUUUGAACCGAAUGAGGGGGAAAUACGCAAUCACCAAGUCGCCAAGUCUCAAAAUCAAAAUUUGGACUUGGUACUCGACCAAUGAUUUGUUGGAAGCCUGGACGAGCCUUCUGGAGGCUUCAGACAAUUUGGGUGCGAACUCGGGGUACUUGCACGACCUGGUUGACGUCACAAGACAGGUACUUCAAGUUUACGGCGAUUUGUACUACAAGGAAAUGGUCAAGAACUAUCAAAGCCACGACAGUGCUAACUUCCAGGCGAAUUCGAAAAAAUUUCUCGAGAUAUUGGACGAUUUGGACGAGAUUUUAUCGACAAAUUCCGCGUUUUUGCUCGGCCCUUGGUUGGAAGCCGCCAAAAAGGCGGCCAAUGACAGUGCUGAAGAAGCCCAAUUCGAGUACAACGCCCGCAAUCAGAUCACGCUCUGGGGCCCGCGCGGUGAGAUCAUGGACUACGCAAACAAACAAUGGGCAGGAGUGGUUUCGCAUUUUUUCGCCCCGCGGUGGUACUUAUUCAUAAAUUAUCUCAACUCGACGUUCGACGGCGCCUUCAACCAGACUUACAUCGACGCCAAAAUGUUCAAAGAAGUGGAAGAACCGUUCACUUUCGAUCGCACCGAAUUUCCCGUCGAGCCGAUCGGUGAUGCGGUGGAAAUCGCCUGGAAGAUACACAAGAAAUGGACGUCCGAAGAGUACAGGAAACACAAAUUCGUGGCUAAGGAUAGGAGAUAUAAAAUGUUGUAAUUGCUGGGUUAAAUAAAUAAAAUUUGGUUGG